UUGGAGAAAGUGUUUACUGGGAACAAUUUGACGAGACAAACAUGUAUCUGGACCUUAACACACAAAUAACAUUAAAAAGGUCAAUGAAGCCCGAGACAAUCAAGCUUUGGUCUGAAAUAUAUCCCUUAAUCGAAGUUGCAGAAGGUAUUCCUAAUCACAUAACCAUUACUACACCAUCAGGACCUAUAAGAGGUUUGAAAAGAACCGAUCCAAAACGUGGAGAAAGUGUAUUCGAAUUCCUUGGCAUACCAUAUGCUAAGCCCCCAGUAGGCCAACGGAGAUUCCAGAAACCACAACCUAUGGGUAACUGGAUACACACGCUAAAUGCUAUGUCAUUCGGUGCCGCGUGCUCUCAAAACGUACCAGAAUCCGAGAUGACAUCGUAUAAAUCUGGUAUUUCAGAGGACUGUCUAUUUCUUAACAUCCACAUACCAAAAGUGAUCAGUAAAACGAAACUAUAUUCCGUUAUGGUAUGGAUUCAUGGCGGUGGAUUUGAACUUGGCUAUGGACAUCAGGACGAUGUUACAGAAUUUGCCAUGACAGGAAAUGUUAUUGUCGUUACUCUUAAUUAUAGAUUGGGUGUGUUUGGAUUUUUAGCUAUGGACCAUCCGGCCGCUAGAGGAAAUUUUGGUUUAUGGGAUCAAAAACUAGCAAUACAAUGGGUGCACGAUAAUAUUGAAGCGUUCGGUGGCAAUCCAGAUUCCGUAACGAUAUUCGGAGAAUCAGCAGGUGCAAUGAGUACAUCACUGCAGUCCCUGAUUUCUUCGAACAAAGGCUUGUUUCAGAGAGUUAUAUGUCAGAGUGGUGUUCAUAGCAAAAUUCUAAUGCGUAAACCGGAGGCUAUCAGGGAAUAUGCUACAGGUCUAGCAAAUAGAACUGGCUGUUCAAUUGAUGAUGAAUAUGCGUUUGUUGAUUGUCUGAGGAAUUUAUCAGUCCAAGAUCUAUUAAGUUAUACAGAUUUUUAUGCCACUGCUCAACUCGAUAAAGUAUACUACGCGUCGGACAAUUACCCAGUAGUAGACGGUGAACUGUUUCCAGAAAAUCCAAUACUUUCUCUGGAGGACCCUUCUUCUGCCGUAGCUACAUUCUUUCGUUCUCUGGACAUGAUUGCUGGAACAACUUCUAACGAAGGCUCGAUAUUAGUCAUCUAUUUAUUUCCACAAAUUCAGGAGCGAUUUAAUUUUUCACUGAAUGAAGGUAUACCACACAGAGUGGCUUGUGAAGAAGUUAUAGCCGAAUAUGUCAAAACAUAUCUGAAACAAAAUGAGGAAGUAAAACGUCAAUUGUGUGAUUUUUACUUUGUAGCAAACUCUCCAAAUGAACAGAGCCUUCUUGCUACACAUUUUUAUGCAGAUAUCAUGUUUGUUUACCCAACAAUAAAGAUGUUGGAAUUACAUUCUAUGUAUGGAGCGACGACAUAUUAUUAUCAAUUUUCCAUGCCAAGUCCAGAGCCGUGGGGUGGACCUUUCCCGUCUUGGUUCAAUGGUAGUGGUCAUGCAGACGAACUUAUUUACAUGUUCAGACCUGAAGCGGUAUCCACCGACGGUAUGAAACUGUCUAGAAAUCUCAUCCAGUAUUGGACAUCAUUUGCAAAAACAGGCUUUGAAUAG